AUGCCUAUCGAGGACUCCCCUCCAGGCCAUUCCAAGGUGUGGGUGCAAGAUGGGACCACACCUUGGCCUGAGCUCAGGAGCCUUGGCUUGUCCUGGGGGGUCCCUGGACGGCCCAGCACCCUGUACCCCUGGCGCCGGCUGCCUGCACGGGGCCGAGUACGGAGAGCCUGGGUCAUCCCACCCAUCAGCGUGUCGGAGAACUACAAGGGCCUGCCCUACAUGUUGGUGCAGAUCAGGUCGGACAAGCGGCAGCCGGGCGGGGUCAUCUACAGCAUCCAGGGCCCUGGCGUGGAUGAGGAGCCCCUCGGCCUCUUCUCUGUGGAGAAGUUCUCGGGGCGGGUGUUCCUCAAUGCGGAGCUGGACCGGGAAAAGACCGCCUCCUACAGGCUCAAGGUCUUUGCCCUGGACCGGGGAGGGUCUGUCCUGGAAGAGCCCACCGACCUGGAGAUCCUGGUUGUGGAUCAGAAUGACAACCGGCCGGCCUUUGUGCAGGAGGUGUUCACCGGCCGCGUGCUGGAGGGCGCGGCCCCAGGCACCUAUGUGACCCGGGCCGAGGCCACCGAUGCCGAUGACCCGGACACGGCCAAUGCAGCACUGCACUACUCCAUCCUGGCCCAGGGCAGCCCCGAGCUCUUCAGCAUCCACGAGCGCACAGGCGAGAUCCGCACCGUGCACGUGGGGCUGGACCGUGAGGUGGUCACCGUGUACAACCUGACGCUGCAGGUGGCAGACAUGUCUGGAGAAGGCCUCACCUCCACAGCCUCAGCCAUCAUCUCCGUGGACGACAUCAACGACAAUGCCCCUGAGUUCACCAGUGACAAGUUCUCCAUGGAGGCCACAGAGGCCAUCAGUGGAGUGGAUGUGGGGCGGCUGGAGGUGGAGGACAGAGACCUGCCCGGCUCCCCCAACUGGGUGGCCAACUUCACCAUCCUGGAGGGCGACCCCAGGGGACACUUCGACAUCAGAACAGACCCCAGGACCAAUGAGGGUGUGCUGUCUGUGGUGAAGCCCCUGGACUACGAGAGCUGUGCACGCUAUGAGCUCAGGGUGUCUGUGCAGAAUGAGGCCCCACUGCAGGCAGCAUCCCCCCAGGCCCAGAGGGGCCAGGCCACGGUCAGCAUCCGGGUGCAGGACGUCAACGAGGCACCUGUGUUCCCCGAAAACCCACUGAGAACCAGCGUGGCUGAGGGGGCACCCCCCGGGACCUUUGUGGCCACCUUCUCUGCACAAGACCCCGACACAGUGCAGCUGCAGAGGGUCAGCUACUCCAAGGACUAUGACCCCGAGGACUGGCUGCAGGUGAAUGGAGCCAGUGGCCGGAUCCAGACGCGGCGGGUGCUGAGCCCGGCCUCCCCCUUCCUGAAGGACGGCUGGUACCGGGCCAUCGUCCUGGCGCUGGACGACGGUGAGCAGCCGGUGAAUGGAGCCAGUGGCCGGAUCCAGACGCGGCGGGUGCUGAGCCCGGCCUCCCCCUUCCUGAAGGACGGCUGGUACCGGGCCAUCGUCCUGGGGCGGGACGACGGUGCCCAGCAGGGCCAGAGCCGCCUGCGGGCCCAGGGUGGGGGGCAAAGCACGGGCCCUGCCCGGAAAAGCCAAGAAAGACCAAGGAAGGCAGCCAGAUACUAG